AAGAAACGCCCUUCGUGCAUCUGCUCUGGAGGGAACUCGUGUGGCAGUUCGUUGGAAGCAACCGUACUGUACAGAUCGAACGCACUUCAACAUCGGACUUUGCCACUCGCAUCAAGUUUCUCACACCAAAGUGAAAACAAAUUUUCCACAGUAGCGGAGUGCAGUCGAAGAAAUAAUGGAGAAAGUCUGAGAGUCAGGGUGUUUCGUGACUGCUGUGAAACCGAACAGAAAAGAAAAAAAUGUGCAAGGUAUACCGUGCUUCCACGAAAGAUAUCGCCUCAACGCCAGCACGAACGGUAACAUUCUCCCUCGAAACUUGGACAUCGCCAACCUACGUGAGCAACGUUUUCCUGAUUCUCGUCAAUCGUCGAAGAAUAAAUCGUAAGUGGCAGGAUAACUCUUUGGAACGGAAGCCACGAGAACCGACAUUCUAAAUGUGCGCAGAAAUCUCAAUAAAGUUAACUCGCUCAGCGAAUUAUUGAAAUAUAAAGCUCUGAUCAAUAAAUGAGCAAGAACCUCCGACCUUCGGAAAGUUUGACGAAAAUUGAACGAAUCUGUCCGAGACGAUAAAAUGAUGGCCCAAACGACAGAACCAACUCCGGUUCAUUGUUACACGAAUCCGUCGUUCUGCCGGCAAUCGGAAUACAUACCGGAAGACCAAACUGCCGAUCUACCGCCACCGCCUCAUUUUCAAAAUAAUGACGAUCUACCACCACCGCCUCCGCCGUUGCAAUUGCAGUACAACGGCGGUCAAAAUAACCCCGCGUUUCAAGAAGCAGGCGUGGAUGGUAGGAUCGAGAACACGGACAGCCGAGACAGAUACUGUUACCUCGAGGGUAACAGCAAUCCCACGCAUCGAAGGUAUGGAAGCGUCCCGGUGGAGGAACAUCGCGCGAUAUACAAUCAAAGUUCAAGGUACGAGUACAUACAGGACGAACAGAGGGGUCAGAUACAGAGGAGGGGUUCGUUGAGGUACGAGUUCAUUCCACACCAGCAGGUGCAACAACGUUCUGCACCGGCGACCAACCAAGACGACGGGCGGGAACUGCAGAUGCAAAGUUGUCGGAACAACAGCGGAAGAUACGCCGUUGUACCGGGUGAUCCGGAUUAUGAGGACGAGAAGACCGCGUGGAAUACGUCGCAACAUGUGUCUACGACACGCAGGCAUAUCAACACGCCACAGGGUCGUUACACUAGAGUGCCGUUGCAAGAAGAAGACCCUCCAGCUCUACCGGAACGAAACGCCCAAGAGCUAUCGGUCUCCCCGAGAAACAAUCUAGCUACACAAAAACUGCACGAGAUAUUGACCACUCCGAGGAAGCCCCGAUCCAGAUCCGAGGAGAGAACUCUAUCUCCAAAGAGGCAACAGUCGUUCAAUCAAACCGGUACACCACAAAGAAGAGCACUAACUCCGAGUGGUUCCCCAACUGGUCGAACGUUUAGUCCUACGCGUUCCACGCCUCAAGGAACACCACACAAUCGUACAUUCUCCAUGGGACCUCAAACUUCCACCCCUAACAAAGAGCCAUCGGCACGAAGGUGCCUGCCAUUAUUAGAAAACCCGCCUCGACAGCAGGAUGUCUGUCCAGCCAGCAACUGUGGGAGACUACGAUACAUUGGCACGGCUCCGGUUGACCUUGUAACGAUGGGUCACGGUGACCCACCGCCUCGUUACGCGUACUUGGAAAAUGGACCAGAAUCUAUGCCAAUGGUAUCCGGUUCACCAAAGUAUCAAGUGAUACCAGCAGGACAGAAAAGGAACGCGUACCAAAGCAUAGAAAGUGCCUUUAUCGCUAGAACCGCAGUGGUUCCACCACUAUCACCACCGAACAGUGACGCAAAUACAACCUUGGCUAGCGGUUUGGAGAAGAACGACAGAAGAAACGCACCGCUCUUGUUGGUCUUGGUUGGUAUUUUAACCUGCGGUUUGGCUUUGUACUUGUCUUGGACGCAAGGAAGAAGAUAUUAUUACGACAGUGCAGCAGGUUGCGGAGCCUGCUGCGCCCUAGCUGGCGCUUGUAGAACAUUAAGAAGAACUUGGACAGGACUUGGACUCGCAGGAUUGUCGGCACUAAGCUGUGCAGGGCUUCUAUUACUUGCUGCCAAAUCCCCUAAAUCUGGAACCCCUCUGCACGAUGUAACGGCUGGUGCUUUGUGCGGAGUUUCCCUAUUGGGUGCUAUUUUGGCGCUGAUCGCGCUUCUGUCACCAAGGUGCAAUCUAGGACGACACAGAAGAGUGCAUUCUUGGAUUCCUCGACUGUCACCCUAACUCAUGUCUCAACGUGCGUUCUUGAAAUAUAUAGAAUAUGACACAUCUCGCGUGUUUCAGUUGUUUUCAGAAGUGAAAACAAUUAAUUGUGAGAGAUAAACUAAAGGUUCUGUACAAUGCAAUAAUGUUAAAGAAUGUUAAAUAUGUAAAUUAAUCAAUCUGUAUCCCCCCAAUCAGUAAAAAUAUCUGAAUUCAAAUUUAAGACAUGUACAAUUUCCACAGUAUGACAAAAUAUCUGAAAAUUGCUAAAAAUUCGUGAAAUAUGUCUUAUUAUAUACAAUUACUAUUAACUUUUACACAAUGAAACGUUGUCUGAUCAGAUAUUGAAAUCCUAGUCAGCUGUUUCAUCAACGGUAUGAAUGAUUGUAUAGAAGUAAUGUUGAGGGUAAUGUAAGAAAACAAUUUAUGCUCAUGAUGUAUCAUCAUCAGAUUGCGAAUGUUUACGCGUUUUUAAAGUUUUAUAAAUCAAACUAAGAAAAUAUAUAUAUAUAUAUAU